AUGUCUGUACGGCAAGUCGCGUCUCAGCCUACGAAUCCUCUAUUACAAGAACCUUCUCGGAUUUCAACAAGAUAUGCCUCUGUACCUACGCAAAGACUAAUAGCUACAGCUGUAUUUGUUGCAAUAUGGGCAUACAAAUUAUAUUAUUUUACAACUGGGCUUGAACACUUCUCGUUAUUUGGAGUACUUUUCCAAUGGUGUUUAAUAGACACCAUGUUUUUUAUAACGUUAUAUUUUUGUCGAAUACCUUGGCUACAUUUCCCUUUAUGGAAAAUAAUUCUCCUUCUCAUAUUGUCUUGUAUAAUAAAUUCUUUCUUUAUAUAUCCACGUUGGGUUUAUGAUGCUGGAAUUACAAAAUCAAUAAUUGAUGUGUUUGGCUCCUCCUCAAUGCUUAUCCGACAACAAUUUCUCAAAUUACGUGGCGAGAAGGUACGUGCUGUUAGUAUGGAAGAAGAUAUACAAAUAGAAGUCGUAAGACAUAAUUCGUCACACAUAAAGGGAAAGCAUACGGUUCGACUUUUACCAUAUGCUACUGCCAAGUUGAAUCCAGAUGAUGAUAGAUAUUGUCUUAAAAGAACUGAUUCGAAAAAAAGUAUUCCGGUUGUAUUACCUAUAUUAUUCAAUAAAACAUCGCCGCAAUUAAUUCAUUAUUCACGAGUAGAUUUUGAAUCAGGAAAUAAGACUAUUCAUGAGUUUUCUUCCAAAGAAAUUUCUAGACAUCGUUUAGUUGAUCUUAUUCAAGACGGUGUUUUUGUAUAUAUUCCUGUAACCGAGCCGGGAGUGUAUAAAAUUGAACAGGCCUUGGAUGCAGAUGGGAUGGGAAUUAAAAUUUAUAGGAAAGAGGAAAUUCUAGUUUAUUGUCCUGAAGCAAGGUUAAUAUCUAUUACUGACAAAAAUUGCUGUAUGAAUGAUGAAAUAUAUACAAAGUUAGUUCUAAAGGGAGUACCACCUUUAAGCGUUUAUUAUGAAAGAUGUAUUGGAGAUGAAUCAGUCAAUAUGACUAUAGACGGAAUUGGUGCAGAACAUCUUAAGUUCCCCAUAGCAGAACCUGAUCGAGCAAAGUUAUUCUCAGCUUCUGGAAAUUAUCAGUGGGCGCGCGAUCAAAUCAUAACAGUACAAUUGAAUAUGACAGCUGAUACGCCUGCAACCUAUUCUUUGAAAGUUCUGGAAGUCAACGAUUUAUUAAAUAAUACCUAUAAUUAUAUUGAUGAGCAAAAUCUAGAUGUAUUUGUAAAGUAUGAUGCAUUCAUACGUCCAACUGCAAAAUUUCUUUCAGAUGCACCUUUAUUUAUUCCUCCAGGAUAUAAUGCGGAAAUGAAAUUAAAUUUACAAGGUGUAGCUCCUUGGAAACUUGAUGUAGGAUAUUGGUCUGAAGAUAUUGCCGAAAUGACGGAUAUUUUAUCGAGUGAACCAACCGAAAUACUUAAUAUGACAAUAAGAGAAAGUAAAAUGGGAUAUUCUAUAUCUGUGAAUAAGCCUGGUACAUAUAAAUUAUUGUCGGUGUCAGAUGCAAAAUGUUCGGGACAAAUUUUGGCACCAUCUACGAAUACCUUAUCUAUCGCUUACCCUCCUACUGUUAAGAUCGACGCAAUUCCUAUUUCUGCUGAAGAUUGUCCUGGAGAAAUCGGUAUUGAAGCAACUUUAUCUUUUACUGGGAUCCCGAGAUGGGUCCUUGAAUUUUCAAUCAAAUCUGAAGUUGAAACAAAAGAAGAGGUAGUAAUGAGCGAAAAAUCUAAACGCACAAUAACUGUAAAGCCUCCUAUGCCAGGGCACUACGAAUACAGAUUUUUCAGUUUGGCAGAUUAUAUAUAUUCUGAAGGAGUCGAUAUUGAUUAUAGGUUCACACAAACUGUUCAUCCGAAACCUAAUGCCGUUUUUCGACGCGUAAAGGAUCGAAUAAUAAAUAGUUGUAUGGGUAAUUUAGUUGAAUUGGAUGUGGUUUUGAGUGGUACCGGACCUUUUACUCUAGAAUAUGAAGUUGUAUUUAAUAGAAGAACAAAUGCUUUUACAAUUGCUGACAUUCAAGGUCCUAGUUAUGUAAUCAUUUCACCUCCAUUUGAAAAUCCUGGAACGUAUACUGUAACUUUGAAAAAGGUUACUGACUCUAAAGGCUGUAGUCAGGUCUUAGAUAAUGACGAUUUUGUUACUAUAAAUGUCAAGAGAGAUAAGCCAACUGUCGGAUUUAGGAAUGCUCAUGAAAUUCUUGGAUUCCUUGAAGGUGAAAGUGUUGGAUUGCCAUUACAACUUACUGGAAAUCCACGUUGGGAAGUUACUUAUAUUUAUCAUGAAGAUGUGGAUAAUGUUAGAAAAGCUUAUAGUUUGGUCAAUCCGAAUUCAUAUUUAACGGUGACAGAACCUGGUCGUUACGAGUUAUUAGAAGUCAAAGAUUCUUAUUGCAUUGGGAAGGUUAUCACUGAAAAGAAAGAAAUCGAAGUGAGAUGGCUACCGAAGCCUUCUUUGAGGAUUGCUGAAGGUGAUGCUGAACCUUUACCACAACCAGGAUAUUUCGAGCGAAAUAGUAUUUGUGCCGGCAAAGAAGAUACACUUGGUUUAGUUCUUGAAGGGAGAGCACCAUGGAUUAUUAGUUAUAGCAUAGUUUCAACUAGUUUAAAUACUGCACAUCAGCAGACUAUAGGAUUUCCAUCAACAAGGAUUCGGCUUAUGACCGAGAAUCCUGGUAUACAUGCAUACAAUUUUUCUACUAUAGCGGAUGAUAUUUAUACGGAACCCAACGAAAUGUUAUUAAUUCUUGUACAAACUGUUCUUCCAAAUCCGAAUGCACGAUUUGCCAAUACGGGCACUGUUUAUCAUUGUGUUGGUACUGCAUUCACCAAGGAUGAUUCAAUAAUGAUAGAAUUGGAUGGAGUUCCCCCAUUUUCACUAUUGUUCGAGGUUAUGCAUGAAAGUAGUAAUCAUGUGGAGACAUUGAGGAUGGAAUCAAUUAAUAAUACGCUUUAUUAUUUCCAGCCAAGAGAAAAGUUUAGUUUAGUUGGACAGUAUAUAAUUUCUAUUGUGUAUGUUUCUGAUUCGCAAGGAUGUAGUAGUAGUUUAGAAGGUCCUGAUAAAAAGCUUAUUGUUCAGGUGACUGACGUUGCAUCGAUCGAUCGUACAUUUCAUCAUCAAUUUCAUUGCGUUGGGGAUCUUUUGGAUUAUUCAUUGCAAGGCAUACCGCCAUGGAACAUUACUUAUGAAUACAACGGAGAAGUAAAAUUUGCAACAUCAAAGGCGGCCACUUUCACAUUUGGUGCAGACAAACCUGGAAAUAUGACCAUUGUCAAUGUUUGUCACCAACGCAAUAAAUGUUGUGGUUCAGUUACAAAUCUAACGGAGAUUAUUUAUGAUCUUCCUUCUGCUUUUCUUUCUGAAGGCAAGGAAGUUAUAUCAGAUAUCAGAGAAGGCGAUAAAACUGAAAUUAUAAUAGACUUUCUUGGUGAGCCACCUUUUCGAUUUACAUAUACAAGGAGAGAAUUAUUAAAAGAUGGCAAUAAGCGAAAACCAGGUCGUAUUAUUGAAACACAAACAAUCCUUAAUGUUAAUAAACAUCAACAUUCGAUUUACACUUCACUAGAAGGCAUCUUUCAAGUUACAUAUGUAGGAGAUAGGUAUUGUGAAUAUCCAAGAAGUUCGGAUAUUAAAUGA